CGCACUCCAGCUUUGCGUUCAGCUCAGCACGGCACCCCGGCCCACCUCCCCUAACUUCGCCUUGUCUUCUUACUGUUUUUUGGUGCCCUCCAAAUAAGCAGCCAUGGACGCCAUCAAGAAGAAGAUGCAGAUGCUCAAGCUCGACAAGGAGAACGCCUUGGACAGAGCUGAGCAGGCCGAGUCAGACAAGAAAGCAGCGGAGGACAGGAGCAAACAGUUAGAGGAUGAGAUCAGAGAGAUGGAAAAGAAAUUACGCGUAACUGAAGACGAGCGGGACAAAGUUUUUGAGGAGUUCCAGUCGGCGGAGGAGAGGCUGCUGGCCGCGGAAGAAGUUGCCACCAAGCUGGAGGACGAUCUGGUAGCUCUGCAGAAGAAGCUCAAGGGAACAGAGGAUGAGCUGGACAAGUACUCCGAGGCGCUUAAGGACGCCCAGGAGAAACUUGAGCUGGCGGAGAAGAAAGCCACAGACGCUGAGGGUGAUGUGGCCUCCCUGAACAGACGUAUCCAGCUGGUUGAGGAGGAGUUGGAUCGUGCACAGGAGCGUCUUGCCACUGCUCUGACCAAGCUGGAGGAGGCAGAGAAGGCUGCAGAUGAGAGCGAGAGAGGCAUGAAGGUCAUUGAGAACAGGGCCAUGAAGGAUGAGGAGAAGAUGGAGAUCCAGGAGAUCCAGCUCAAAGAGGCCAAACACAUCGCUGAGGAGGCUGACCGCAAAUACGAGGAGGUUGCCCGUAAGCUGGUCAUCAUUGAGGGCGACCUGGAGCGCACAGAGGAGCGCGCCGAGCUCUCAGAAGGUAAAUGCGCUGAACUUGAGGAAGAGUUGAAAACUGUGACGAACAAUCUGAAGUCACUGGAGGCCCAGGCUGAGAAGUACUCACAGAAGGAGGACAAAUACGAGGAGGAGAUCAAAGUCCUGACAGACAAGCUGAAGGAGGCUGAGACUCGCGCUGAGUUCGCUGAGAGAUCAGUAGCCAAGCUUGAGAAGACCAUUGACGAUCUUGAAGAGAAACUGUCCCAAGCUAAAGAAGAGCAACUGAACAUGACCCAGAUGUUGGACCAGACUCUUAUGGAGCUGAAUAAUCUGUGAAGCGGCCAUGACAGUGUGACUCCUCCUCACUGAUCCGCCUCCGCCCCACUCACUGCGCACACCAAGCAUGAAUCAAUCACUUUUGUACGCCAUUCGUGGUCAUUGCGCCCCCUUCCACACACUGCUGCUGUACCUGUAGUCCUCGUUUUGGGGCAGGCGGUGAGUGUGUGAGCCGGUGCUAAUAUCCUACACAACGGUGACUGAAAAUGCAAACCUAACGCGACGUGAAGGGCCCAAACGGUUUCCUUACAUGGAUUCAGUCAGCUGAGUUUGUUUUAAAAUAAUGUAUGUUCAUGUUUGUAGAGGUUUCUCAUUUUUUGCUGUACAAAUUAUAAAAAGAAAUAAAAAGCAUGUUUUCAACGUUUACAA